AUCUCUCCCAUUUUCUGUAGUAUUAGUAUUAAUCUAAGUUCAUUAGCAGUACUAAUAAUCCUUCGUUUACAGCCAUGGUUUCCAUGGCUUCAUCACCGUUCUUCGUCAGCUUCAUCUUCCCCGUACUUUGCCUCACAGUCGCCGCCAAAAAAACCUACAUUGUUCACAUGAAACAUCAAGACAAGCCACCGUUUUUUGAAACACACCAUGAUUGGUACAGUUCAAGCUUGCAAUCACUUUCUGCAACCCCAUCUGAUCAGUCCCUUCUCUACUCGUAUGAUGCUGCAUUUUAUGGAUUCGCUGCUUCACUUGAUCCAGAGCAAGCUGAAGCUCUUAGCAAAUCGGAUUCUGUUUUGGGUGUUUUUGAGGAUACUAUUUAUGAUCUUCACACUACUCGUACCCCGCAGUUUUUAGGCCUUGAUUCUGAGUUCGGGUCCUGGGUUGGUCAUAAUACUCAGCAACUCGAACAAGCUUCUCGGGACGUGAUUAUUGGAGUUCUCGACACCGGAGUUUGGCCGGAAUCUAAAAGCUUUGAUGAUUCCGGAUUGCCGGAGGUUCCUUCUAAGUGGCGUGGAGAGUGUGAAUCGGCUCCUGAUUUUAAUCCCAAGCUUUGCAACAAGAAACUCAUCGGAGCUCGGAGCUUUUCGAAAGGCUACCGUAUGGCCAGCGGGGGCGGUGGAAUUUACAAAAAGAGUAAAGAGAUCGAGUCCCCACGUGACAGAGACGGUCAUGGUACCCACACUGCCAGCACCGCAGCUGGAUCUCACGUGGGCAACGCUAGCCUCCUUGGUUACGCCAGCGGAACGGCUCGUGGUAUGGCGACGCACGCCCGGGUCGCCGCCUACAAGGUUUGUUGGGAAACGGGUUGCUUCGGGUCCGACAUUCUGGCCGGCAUGGAUCACGCCAUCCAGGACGGAGUUGAUGUUCUCUCCAUGUCCCUCGGUGGCGGAUCCGCGCCGUAUUAUCGUGACACCAUCGCCAUUGGAACUUUCACGGCGAUGGAGAAGGGCAUUUUCGUCUCUUGCUCAGCCGGUAACAGCGGGCCCACUAAGGCCAGUCUUGCCAACGUGGCGCCAUGGAUUAUGACGGUUGGCGCCGGGACUUUAGAUCGAGACUUCCCCGCUUACGCCGUAUUGGGAAAUAAAAUCCGUUAUAACGGCGUCUCGCUUUACAGCGGUCGAGGAAUGGGAGGGAAACCGGUUGGUUUGGUUUACAGCAAAGAUAACAGCUCGAGUAAUUUAUGUUUGGCCGGUUCACUCGAUCCGGCAUUGGUACGCAGGAAGGUUGUUCUCUGCGAUAAGGGAACAAACGCUCGAGUUGAAAAGGGAGCAGUCGUGCGCGACGCCGGAGGCAUCGGGAUGAUAUUAGCGAACACACCGGUUAGCGGUGAGGAACUGGUGGCUGACAGUCACUUAUUACCGGCCGUGGCGGUGGGGAGGAAAGUCGGCGACCUGAUUAGACAAUAUGCACGGACCGAUUCUAAUCCCACUGCCGCGCUUGUGUUCGGUGGCACGGUGUUGGAUGUUAAACCGUCGCCGGUUGUUGCGGCGUUUAGUUCCCGGGGACCCAAUAUUGUGACGCCUCAGAUAUUGAAACCGGACGUAAUUGGGCCGGGAGUCAACAUACUGGCUGCCUGGUCGGAGGCCAUUGGACCCACCGGGUUGGCUAAGGACACGAGGAAGACCAUGUUCAAUAUCAUGUCAGGCACGUCGAUGUCGUGCCCGCACAUCAGUGGGCUAGCAGCGUUGAUCAAGGCAGCACAUCCCGAAUGGAGCCCGAGCGUGAUAAAAUCGGCUCUAAUGACCACAGCGUACACCCGAGACAACACCAACUCCUCUCUCCGUGAUGCCACUGAGGGUUCAUUGUCGAACCCGUGGGCUCAUGGCGCUGGCCAUGUUGAUCCCCAGAAAGCUCUUUCACCAGGCCUAGUAUACGACAUCUCCACCGAAGAUUACAUUACAUUCUUGUGCUCACUCGGGUACACCAUCGACCAUGUCAAGAACAUAGUGAAGCGCCCCAACAUUACAUGUUCGAGGAAAUUCAAUGACCCCGGUGAGCUCAACUACCCAUCGUUCUCGGUCUUGUUCGGGAACAAAAGGGUUGUUCGAUACACUCGUGAAUUAACAAACGUCGGCCCUGCAAGGUCCACAUACAAAGUCACGGUUAAUGGACCAUCGACGGUUGCGAUCUCGGUUAGGCCUAGAGCGCUCACCUUCAGAGCCGUGGGGGAAAAAAAGAGAUAUACCGUCGCUUUUGUAGCUAAAAGUUGGACAAGCCCAAUGGCUAAGCCUGAAUUUGGCUCAAUAAUGUGGGGCAAUGCUCGAAACCAAGUUAAAAGCCCAGUUUCCUUCUCAUGGACAUCGCUGAGCGAUUGACUAGUUUAUAAUUCUGGGUUGUUUCCCCCUCAUUAACAAGCCUCGCUCUGGUGUAAAAGGACCAUACAAGGACCCUCUAGCCCAAGCAAUUUCCUUUUCAAGGUUAGAGCUUCGGCUUGUAAGCAAGGUCCUUAACGCAAAAUCAGGGUUGGAUUGUAUUUGUUUACUUGAUUAAGUUGAUGGUAUAAAAGAUGAUCACUUUGUUUGCUAACAGAUUUCCCUUCAAAUGGA